ACUGGACCCCGGGGCCGGGGGCGAAUUCCAGCCGCUGAUAAUUGGUUCGCGAGGCGCCGGUGCAGAGAGAGACCUCACCGCGCUGCGGGGCUGCGGGUCCAGGGCGCUCGCGUGGGCAGCGCGGCGCAAGGUCAGGUCCCGGGAGGCCCGGCUCGAUUUGCGCCGCGAUGUGGAACCUCCUGAACGACUCGGACUCGGCGGUGGUGGCCGGGCGCCGCCCGCGCUGGCUCCUGGCUGCGGCGCUGGUGCUGGCGCUCGGCCUCUUCACCCUCGGCUUCCUCGCAGGGUGGUUUAUAAAACCCUCCAAGGAAACUGGUCACAUAGUUCCACAGCAUAGCAUGAAGAAGGCAUUUCUGAAUGAAUUGAAAGCUGAGAACAUCAAGAAAUUCUUAUAUAAUUUUACACGGAUACCCCAUUUAGCAGGAACGGAACAAAACUUUCAGCUUGCAAAGCAAAUUCAAUCCCAGUGGAAAGAAUUUGGCCUGGAUUCUGUUGAGCUAGCCCAUUAUGAUGUUCUGUUGUCCUACCCAAAUAAGACUCAUCCCAACUACAUCUCAAUAAUUGAUGCAGAUGGAAAUGAGAUUUUCAACACGUCGUUAUUUGAACCACCUCCUCCAGGAUAUGAAAAUGUUUCAGAUGUUGUACCACCUUUUAAUGCUUUCUCUCCACAAGGAAUGCCAGAGGGUGAUCUAGUGUAUGUUAACUAUGCGCGAACUGAAGACUUCUUUAAACUGGAGCGGGACCUGAAAAUCAAUUGCUCUGGGAAAAUUGUGAUUGCCAGAUACGGAAAAGUUUUCAGAGGAAAUAAGGUUAGAAAUGCCCAGCUGGCAGGGGCCAAAGGAGUCAUUCUGUACUCAGACCCUGCUGACUACUUUGCUCCUGGGGUGGAGCCCUAUCCAAAUGGUUGGAAUCUUCCUGGAGGUGGUGUCCAGCGUGGAAAUGUCCUAAAUCUCAAUGGUGCAGGGGAUCCUCUCACACCAGGUUACCCAGCAAAUGAAUAUGCUUAUAGGCAUGGAAUCACAGAGGCUGUCGGUCUUCCAAGUAUUCCCAUUCAUCCAAUUGGAUACUAUGAUGCACAGAAACUCCUAGAAAAGAUGGGUGGUGCAGCACCACCAGAUAACAGCUGGAAAGGAGGACUCAAAGUGCCCUACAAUGUUGGACCUGGAUUUGCUGGAAACUUUUCUACACAAAAAGUCAAGAUGCACAUCCAUUCCAACAGUGAGAUGAGAAGAAUUUACAAUGUGAUCGGUACUCUUAGAGGAGCAGUGGAACCAGACAGGUAUGUCAUUCUUGGAGGGCACCGAGAUGCAUGGGUAUUUGGUGGCAUUGACCCUCAGAGUGGAGCAGCUGUUGUUCAUGAAAUCGUGAGGAGCUUUGGAACACUAAAAAAGGAAGGAUGGAGGCCUAGAAGAACAAUUUUGUUUGCAAGCUGGGAUGCAGAAGAAUUUGGUCUUCUUGGUUCUACUGAGUGGGCAGAGGAGAAUUCAAAACUCCUUCAAGAGCGUGGUGUGGCCUAUAUUAAUGCUGAUUCUUCUAUAGAAGGAAACUACACUCUGAGAGUUGAUUGUACACCACUUAUGUACAGUUUGGUAUACAACUUAACAAAAGAGCUGAAAAGCCCCGAUGAAGGCUUUGAAGACAAAUCUCUUUAUGAAAGCUGGAGUGAAAAAAGUCCUUCCCCUGAAUUCAGCGGCAUGCCCAGGAUUAGCAAAUUAGGAUCUGGUAAUGAUUUUGAAGUGUUCUUCCAAAGACUUGGAAUUGCAUCAGGCAGAGCACGAUAUACUGAAAAUUGGAAAAUAAACAAAUUCAGCAGUUAUCCACUGUAUCACAGUGUCUAUGAAACAUAUGAGUUGGUGGAAAAAUUUUAUGAUCCAACAUUUAAAUAUCACCACACUGUGGCCCAGGUCCGAGGAGGGUUGGUGUUUGAACUAGCCAAUUCCAUGGUGCUCCCUUUUGAUUGUCGAGAUUAUGCUGCAGUUUUAAGAAAGUACGCUGACAACAUCUACAAUAUUUCAAUGAAACAUCCCCAAGAAAUGAAAUCAUACAGUGUAUCAUUUGAUUCACUUUUUUCUGCAGUAAAGAAUUUUACAGAAAUUGCUUCUAAGUUUAACAAGAGACUCCAAGACUUUGACAAAAGCAACCCAGUACUAUUGAGAAUUAUGAAUGAUCAACUGAUGUUUCUGGAACGAGCAUUUAUUGAUCCUUUAGGCUUACCAAACAGGCCUUUCUAUAGGCAUAUCAUCUAUGCUCCAAACAGCCACAACAAGUAUGCAGGGGUAUCAUUCCCAGGAAUUUAUGAUGCUCUGUUUGAUAUUGAAAGCAAGGUGGACCCCUCCAAGGCCUGGGGAGAAGUGAAGAGACAGAUUUCUAUUGCAGCAUUCACAGUGCAGGCUGCAGCAGGAACUUUAAGAGAAGUAGCGUAAGAGGGUUCUCUAGAGAACUCAUACUGAAUUUAUAUGGUAAAUCACUCAGAAAGAAUCAUGACAGGUAUAUUUAUAAAUUAAAAAUGAAUAUAUUGAUAAGCUAAAAGUAAAGUUGAGAUUAUAUAU